CUCCCGUCCCCCGGGUCCAAAGUCUCCUCUACAUAUGAGCUAGUAGAAUAGUUGAAACCCGCGCGUCGUCAACCGCAAGUUCCUGGUGCGAGCUCCAGGAAGCGAGGAGGAGCUAGCGACGAUCGAUCGAUCGAUGGAGGUGGCGGUGGCUGUGGAGGAGAACACUAGGAAGGUGUUCGUCGUGGUGCCGGCGGAGCGCAGGGCGGGGCGGUCGACGCUGUCGUGGGCUCUCGGCCAUCUCUGCGGCGGAGCCACCACGGUGGUCGUCACGCACGUGCACGUCCCGCCGCAGAUGAUCCCCGUCAUGGGAGCCAAGUUCCAUGCCAGCAAGCUGAGCUCGGAGCAGGUGAGCUCCUUCAGAAGGAUGGAGCGCGACAAGGCGGACAAGAUGCUGGACGACUACGUCCAUCAGUGCCGGAAAACCAAGGUGAGGUGUGAGAAGCUGGUGAUCGAGAAGGAAGAUGUCGCCUCCGGCCUCGUCGAGCUCAUUGGCUUGUGCGGGAUCACCGAGCUGGUGGUUUCGGCUGCCGCGGACCGGCAGUACUCCACAAAACUGGACAGACCUGUCUGCAGGACAGCAGCAUCGAUAAUGCAGAGAGCUGGUCCAUCGUGCAAGAUCUGGUUCGUCUGCAAGGAGCAGUUAAUCUGCACCCGGGAAACGAAAGUAGAGAUUGCAUCAUCUGCUGUCACUGCACCGUUGCUCCCUAAUCCUGGCCAUGAAGUCCUUCGUUUGUCAACUCACCAGGAAGAGCAUGAUGAUGACAGUGAGGUUGAAUUGGGGUUCCAUGACGAGCUGAGAGAGGCAUGCAGAGCAGCCGAGGACCUGAUGAACAGAGCUCUGAGCGAAUCCCACAGGCGCCAGAAGGCAGAGGAAGAAGUGGCCUCAUGUCUCCAGAAAGCCAAAGAACACGAGGAGCUGUACCUGGAGGAGGUGAAGAGAAGGAAGGAGCUCGAAGCAGCCCUGGCGAGAGCAGAGAAAGAAAUUUCAGAGCUACGACAGGCAAUCCAGCGGGACACGGCCGAGGAGGAAUCCGAGGAGGCGACGGCGACGAUAUCGUCCCUGGGACAGCAAAGCACGAGCAAGGAAGAACCGGAGGCGGUGCUCUGGCACUGCCAGUGUCAGUGCCAGAGGAAGCUGGCCGCCGCGUCGUCUCCGUCGUCGGUCAUCAUACCAUGGUCGCCCCGUGCCGACGAAGACGGGUUCACCUGCGAAGCCGGCGUGGCCGGGUGUUGCUGGCUCGACGGGAUGCCGUCGCCCGAAGGCGUGGCCGUCGCCAGCGUCGCCCUACCGCUCGCGCGCCCCAGUUUUACCCUCCGUGCCGCGGUCCAGGUCUCCAGGAAUACAUGAGGCGGCAGCAGCAGCAGCAGCGGUGCCCGUUUCCUUGAAUCGCCUUGGCAGCUUCUCCUUAGAUUUUUCUUCGUCCUUCGUUUGCAAAAAUCGCUUGUAUAUAUACACGGGCACUCACAUACGGGAACAUUUUCAAAACAUUAAAUAAGUUAUUUAUUUUAGAAAUGCAGUACAAACGCGGACGCUCACAUACG